CUGAAAUGAUCAUUUCUGAUUUCACGCUACGACACGUUCUUUGAAAAACAAAGACACUGAAAAUGCUUCUUUGUCGACAAUUUUCUAUUAUUGCAAGUUUUAUUUUUAUCUCAGUGUGUCAAAGUUUUAAACUUGACAUCAACUCUGAAUUCGGAAAAAAUUGUGAAACAAACGAGUUAGGAGAUAGGAAUUGUACUUUUGUCGUGCCAAAUAAAUGGAGCCUUCUGAAGUUUAGAAAAUGGCUUGACAACCUAACUGGAAAUGUCAGGAAUGUCAAUCUUGAUCUCACCUGCAUUGAUGGUGGAAUUGUCUUCUUGCCAUGGCCUUUCAGAGCCAGGAAUCUUCGAAAAAUUCACGUGAAAAAUUGUUUAAUUGAUGGCUACUACUCUGAGUACAAUAUUAAUUCAAAAUAUCCUAACACCGUAAAAGACAUGGCUCUCAUAGACGUAGCAAUCCUAACUGACAUCAACCAGUUAAUUGAAAUAAAUCUCAGUGACCCAUUGGUGAAAUCAAGCACAUGUGGACAGGAAACCAACGCUUGGCUUAUCCAAAGGAACGUCUCAUUUUCAUUUGUUCCGACGAAAUCAACUCCUUCUUUUAAACUUCUUCAAGAGGGAUUCGAUUCAUUAGCGGAAAAAUCUAAAUCCCAGCCCUUCACCUGUAACUUUGAAGAUCUGCUUUAUCUUGAGCAUACUGGAAGUAAGAGUAUUUCGAAGAUUCAUUUUGACACAAUGACCGACCAUUCCGUUUAUCCGAGGCUCAAAGUUUUCAACUUUUCCUCAAAUUAUCUUUUUAGUAUCCCCAUGCAACUAUCAAAAUGGUGGAAUUAUUUUCCUGCUUUGCGAUGGCUCGAUCUCUCCAACAACGAAAUCCAAUCCUUUUCCUUUGAGCACCCGGAUGUUAAUCAGGAAUCUUUGUACAUUAGUUUAGCAAAUAACAACAUAACAAGUGUUCCAGCGGACUUACCAUCUUAUUUAAGUGGGAAAACUUCAGUUUUGAUUAAUCUUCUAGGUAAUCCAAUUCACUGCGAUUGCCGUGCCAUUGCACUAAAGCAGUAUCUGAAAUUACUUCGUCGAAGGGCUCCUCAGUUCAAAAGUUUGUCCAAUGUGAUGUGUCAUUCUCCAAGUAAACUUGCAGGAAGAAAGGUACGCACUAUCAACAAAGUGUGCUGAGUGAAUUGUGACUAGAAUGUUCAAACUUCUAAUUAUCCAUCAUGUAAAUCCAUUUAAAAUCCAGGUGGGCUACACCACCAUUUUAUAUUUUAUGUUUUUUUUUAUUACGUAUACAUUUUUGGUUUGUAAAUUUUAUCAAAUCAAUAAAUAUAUAACCAA